AUGGAUCAGAAAGUGACCGGACCGGACGUUAGAACUCCACCAAAGGGCCAAGUCUCUGUCUUCCUGGACCGUACAUGUAGGAGACGCCACAUCAAGUGCGACUUGGCCAGGCCACACUGCACGAAAUGCGUCAAAUCGAAUCGCCUCUGCGAGGGCUAUCUCGACUCGGGACUCCUUUUCCCGCCACAGAGACACAAUCCAGUUCAGAUCACUCCCAGUUUGGGCAGCGAGCAGAGCACCCGCACCGCGCAUACGCAAGCGCAGACGCAGACGCAAACCCCCGACCUCCGCGUCCUCAUCAACCCGGGCUACGAGACCGUCCUAUUCCACAACCAGCGGCAGUGGGACUCUUUCCAAUUCUUCAUCGUGAGCGUGGAACAGGGCGCCACGCUCUUCAAGAGCCACGUGGCGGAGAUGACCCCCCAGUAA